AAAACACCCAACUCGCCCCCUGCUCACUCCCCCAGACCAUGGCCAUUGUGAAAAGAGGCGGCCGCACCAAGGCCAAGCAGCAGGCCGUGCCUGCGAAAUCCGGCAUCAAAAAGGCCGAGUUUGACCUCACCAAAAAGAAAGAGGUGGGCGUCUCGGACUUGACGCUCUUGUCCACCAUUUCCGACGAAUCCAUCAACGACAACUUGCACAAGCGGUUCAUGAACGGGUCCAUCUACACGUACAUCGGUCACGUGUUGAUUUCCGUCAACCCGUUCCAGGAUUUGGGCAUCUACACGCCCCAGACGCUCAGCCUAUACAAGGGCAAGAACAGAUUGGAGGUGCCGCCCCACGUGUACGCCAUAGCCGAGACCAUGUACUACCACUUGAAGUCGUACGGCGAGAACCAGUGCGUGAUCAUUUCCGGCGAGUCCGGCGCGGGCAAAACCGAGGCCGCCAAGCAGAUCAUGCAAUACAUAGCCAACGUCUCGGUGGACGAUCAGGCGGCGGCUUCCGGCUCGAGCGGGAUCUCGAAAAUCAAGGACAUGGUGCUCGCCACCAACCCGCUCUUGGAGUCCUUCGGCUGCGCAAAGACGCUCAGAAACAACAACUCGUCACGCCACGGCAAGUACCUCGAAAUCUACUUCAACGCGGCCAACCAGCCCAGUGCGGCGCACAUCACCAACUACUUGUUGGAGAAGCAGCGCGUGGUGCAGCAGAUCUCCAACGAGCGCAACUUCCACAUUUUCUACCAGUUCACCAAGCACUGCCCGCCACAGUACCAGCAGGCGUUCGGUGUGCAGGGCCCGCAAACUUACAUCUACACGUCCGCAGCAAAGUGCAUCAAUGCCGAUGGCAUUGACGACGCCAAGGACUUCCAGGAGACCUUGAACGCCAUGAACGUGAUUGGCUUGGCGCAGGUGGAACAGGACAACAUUUUCCGCAUGCUUGCCGCGAUUCUCUGGAUCGGCAACAUAUCCUUCGUGGAGGACGAGAGCGGCAACGCCGCCAUCCGCGACGAGGGCGUCACCAAUUUCGUGGCGUACUUGUUGGAGGUCAACGCGGAGAUCUUGAAGAAAUCGAUCAUCGAGCGCAUCAUCGAGACCUCUCACGGAAUGAGGCGGGGCUCCACGUACCACGUGCCAUUGAACAUCGUGCAGGCGACCUCCGUGCGUGACGCGUUGGCAAAGGGGAUCUACAACAACUUGUUUGAGUGGAUUGUCGACAGGGUGAAUGUCUCCUUGAAAGACGAGGCCCAGGACUACGCCAAGAAAUCCAUUGGGAUUUUGGACAUCUAUGGCUUUGAGAUCUUCGAGCAGAACUCCUUCGAGCAGAUCUGCAUCAACUAUGUCAAUGAGAAGUUGCAGCAGAUCUUCAUCCAGUUGACGUUGAAGGCCGAACAGGACGAGUAUGUCCAGGAGCAGAUCCAGUGGACCCCUAUCGACUACUUCAACAACAAGGUUGUUUGUGACCUCAUAGAGGCCACGCGGCCCCAACCUGGCUUGUUCGCUGCGUUGAACGACUCCAUCAAGACAGCCCACGCAGACUCCGAUGCCGCAGACCAGGUUUUUGCCCAAAGAUUGAGUAUGGUGGGCGCAAACAACCGCCAUUUCGAGGACCGCAGGGGCAAAUUCAUCAUCAAGCACUAUGCGGGCGACGUGACUUACGAGGUUGCCGGAAUGACGGACAAAAACAAGGACAGUAUGUUGCGCGACUUGCUUGAGCUCUUGUCAACCUCCACCAACACCUUCGUGACUCAGAGUUUGUUCCCCCCAGACCUCUUGUCUGCGCUUACGGAUUCGAAAAAAAGACCGGAAACUGCCUCCGACAAAAUCAAAAAGAGUGCAAACAUUUUGGUAGACACGUUAUCUCAGUGCCAACCUUCCUACAUCCGUACUAUCAAGCCGAACCAGACCAAAAGGCCCAAGGAGUAUGAAAACCAGCAAGUAUUGCACCAAAUCAAGUAUUUGGGGUUGAAGGAAAACGUGCGUAUCAGGAGAGCUGGAUUUGCCUACCGCACGACGUUCGACAAGUUUGUUCAGAGGUUUUACCUAUUGUCUCCAGCUACUGGCUACGCUGGUGAUUACAUUUGGCAAGGUGAAGACAUAACUGCAGUGAAAGAGAUCUUGCGUAGUUGUCACAUUCCUACUUCUGAGUACCAAAUGGGAACGACCAAAGUCUUUAUCAAGACUCCUGAAACCCUUUUUGCUUUGGAAGAUAUGAGGGAUAAGUACUGGCACAAUAUGGCCGCCCGUAUCCAGCGUGCCUGGAGACGUUAUCUUAAGAAGAAGGAAGAUGCAGCAAGAGUCAUUCAAAAUGCCUGGAGGACUAAGAAACACGGUAAUAAAUUUGAGCAGCUUCGUGAUGAAGGCACUGCUAUUUUGCAAGGCAGAAAAGAGAGAAGAAGAUUCUCGAUUCUUGGGUCCAGAUCAUAUAUGGGUGAUUAUCUUGGCUGCAAUGACUCUUCUGGAUACGGCAGAUUCAUUGUCAGUCAAACCAGUAUAUCUGAGCCCGUUGCGUUUUCGGCAAAAGGCGAAAUUCUCUUGUCGAAGUUUGGCAGAUCUUCCAAGCGUCUUUCGCGUAUCUUCAUUCUCACGCGCUCAAAUUUCUUUGUUAUUGCCGAGUCUUUAGUUGAGAACAGACUCCAUCUCCAAAAAGAAUUCUCCAUUCCAGUCAGUGGAAUCAACAGUCUCAACCUAUCGACAUUCCAAGAUAACUGGCUUGCAAUUUCUUUGCACUCUCCAAAUCCGUCAACACCAGACAUUUUCAUUAAUUUGGACUUCAAGACUGAAUUGGUGACGCAGUUUAAGAAGAUCAAUAGGGGAAUCACAGUGAAAAUAGACACAACGGUGCAAUACCAAAAGAAGCCAGGGAAAUUCCACGUGAUCAAGUUCCAGCAUGGGGCUGCUCCUUUACAUGGAGACAUCUACAAAUCUGGAACUGUCACCGUACAGCAGGGAUUGAACCCCAACAGCAAGAACCCGAAGAGACCGCGGGGUGCCUCUACCACUGUUGAUUACAGCAAGUAUUAUAACAGAGGAAUUCGAAGAAGCAAUGGCAGUGGAUACAAUGCGCCUACGCCCGUCACCAGAAAUCCUGGUGCCCAUCAAGCUUAUGUGCCUCCCCAGCCCUCAACUCAAUCAUACACUGCCGUGGCUACCCCAGCUGUCACUCAGACCAGACCAGCGCCUUUGGCUCCGCUGAGACCCCAACCUCAAUCGCAACCUCAAUCUCAAGCACAGUCACAAGCACAGUCUAGACCAACUCCUGUUGCGCCUCAGAGGCCACAGCCACAUCCAAGUGCUCAGCCAGCUACAGCACAGCGAGUCGCUCCUCCACCAAGACCUGCUCAAAAGGGGCCAGCUCCAAAACCACCUGUGAGAAAGGUCGCUCCACCACCUCCUCCGCCCCCAUCUUUGGCAGUUUCGAAGCCGAAGCAUCCUACGUAUAAAGUUAUUUACGACUAUGAUGGUUCUGUUGCUGGAUCUGUUCCUCUCGUCAAGGACGAGGUGGUGUAUGUUGUCAGUGUUAAUGGCAAGUGGGGUCUCGUAAAAGACCUAAAGGAGACCAGAGAAGGCUGGUCCCCUCUUGAUUACAUGAAAGAGAUUGAGCCGCCUGCAGAGCUUUUUGGUGGUGCCAAAUCCACACCUCCACCUCCGCCCCCUCCAGCACACAGUCAAAGUAAGCCGGCUCCAGGCUCUGCUUCACAGUCCAGUGGUGGAUUAGGCAACGGGCUUGCGGACGCGCUCAAGGCAAAGAAGACCGAGGAAGUGACAUUGGCUGGGUCCUUGGCGGAUGCCUUGAUGAAGAGAAAAGGUGCCACCACUGAUUAUAGUGAUGAUAAUGAUGACGACGACGACUGGUAGUGAGGCCAAAAUCUUCAUUUAUGGUGCCACAGAGACUACGCAGGAGAUACAGAUAUAGAGAUUAUAGAUCUUAAGCUCGAGUUGUGCUUUUAAAGAUAUAAUUAUACGAAUCUCUGCAUACAACUGUAUCUACACGAAAUUGAAUUGUAAAAGGCUUUGAAGUGAUCGAACGAACUGGCCAUCAGUUUGUUUAAGAAGGUUCAAAUUUUAAUCGAGUUUAGUCGGGAAAUCAGAUUUCAAUUUCAUCCUGAAAAAAGCCAUCUACCGAAAUUCCUGAGAAGAAAAAUGUCAGAUCUUUUUACAUUUGCAGCGACGCUGGACUAAAAGAGGAAAUCUGCC